ACUACCUCCUCCUCAGUGGGAGCGGCGCGUCUCCUACUCCAUUUUUGUCAAACGGGUGGAGGAACGCACUCUCGGCGGGGAUACUGUCAGUCCACGCAGUGGAUACUUCAAUUUCGAGCAACAAAGGCUUCGCGAGCGACUGCUGCAGUCUGUUUUCUUUUGGCUUGCGGUUAGGAAGAGUUUUCACAGUGCCCUCAGGUUUCUGACAUGGUAGAUUAUCACGCCGCUAAUAGUCAAACCCAAUAUUCGGCGGGAGGCCAGCAGAGCUACAUGGAGCAAGAGAACGAUUGGGACCGGGACCUGCUGCUAGACCCGGCCUGGGAGAAACAGCAGCGGAAGACUUUCACGGCCUGGUGCAACUCUCACCUGCGGAAGGCGGGAACGCAGAUCGAGAACAUCGAGGAGGAUUUCAGAGAUGGACUCAAACUCAUGCUGCUCCUAGAGGUCAUCUCAGGGGAGAGGUUACCAAAACCUGAAAGAGGCAAGAUGAGAGUUCACAAGAUCAACAACGUCAACAAAGCGCUGGACUUCAUCGCCAGCAAAGGAGUCAAACUGGUGUCCAUCGGCGCAGAAGAAAUCGUGGAUGGAAAUGCCAAGAUGACUCUGGGAAUGAUUUGGACCAUCAUCCUCCGCUUCGCCAUCCAGGACAUCUCAGUGGAGGAAACCUCCGCUAAAGAAGGACUGUUGCUCUGGUGUCAGAGAAAGACGGCUCCUUACAAGAACGUCAACGUUCAGAACUUCCAUAUCAGCUGGAAGGAUGGUCUCGCCUUCAAUGCUCUGAUCCACAGACACAGGCCAGAGCUCAUCGAUUAUGACAAGCUGAGAAAGGACGACCCAGUGACCAAUCUGAACAACGCUUUCGAAGUGGCAGAGCGAUAUCUUGACAUCCCCAAGAUGUUGGACGCAGAGGACAUUGUGAAUACAGCACGUCCAGAUGAGAAAGCCAUAAUGACCUAUGUGUCCAGUUUCUACCAUGCCUUUUCUGGAGCCCAGAAGGCUGAGACCGCAGCCAAUCGUAUUUGCAAGGUGUUGGCGGUCAAUCAGGAGAACGAGCACCUGAUGGAGGACUAUGAAAAACUGGCCAGCGAUCUGUUGGAGUGGAUUCGUAGGACAAUUCCAUGGUUGGAAAACCGUGCUCCAGAGAAAACCAUGACAGAGAUGCAGCAGAAGUUGGAAGAUUUCCGUGAUUACCGCCGCGUUCACAAACCACCCAAAGUUCAGGAGAAGUGUCAGCUGGAGAUCAACUUCAACACAUUGCAGACCAAACUCCGUCUGAGCAACCGACCAGCCUUUAUGCCAUCUGAGGGGCGCAUGGUGUCCGACAUUAAUGGUGCUUGGCAUAAACUGGAAGGGGCCGAGAAAGGCUAUGAAGAGUGGCUACUGAAUGAGAUCCGUCGCUUGGAGAGACUUGACCAUCUUGCAGAAAAGUUCCGUCAGAAAGCAGCCAUCCAUGAAAGCUGGACAGAUGGUAAGGAGGCCAUGCUAACACAGAAGGACUAUGAGACUGCAUCUCUGUCUGAGAUCAAAGCUCUCCUGAAGAAGCAUGAGGCAUUCGAAAGUGACCUUGCCGCCCACCAGGACAGAGUGGAGCAGAUUGCCGCCAUUGCACAGGAGCUCAAUGAGCUGGACUACUACGACUCCCCGAGCGUUAAUGCACGCUGUCAGAAGAUCUGUGAACAAUGGGAUGCUCUGGGUUCCCUCACACAGAGUCGCAGAGAGUCCCUCGAGAGAACAGAGAAACAGCUGGAGUCUAUUGAUGAGCUGUACCUGGAGUAUGCCAAGAGAGCAGCGCCAUUCAACAACUGGAUGGAGGGAGCCAUGGAGGACCUUCAGGACAUGUUCAUUGUACACAACAUCGAGGAAAUCCAGGGACUGAUAACAGCUCACGACCAGUUCAAAUCAACUCUUCCAGAGGCGAAUAAAGAGCGGGAAGCUAUCCAGGCCAUCCAGGCUGAAGUUCAGAAAAUCGCACAGUACAAUGGCAUCAAACUGGCAGGAAACAAUCCUUACACCACCAUCACCCCUCAGAGCAUUGACAAGAAGUGGGAGAAGGUGCAGCAACUGGUUCCACAGCGUGAUCAGGCUCUUCAGGAAGAACUCGGACGUCAGCAGUCUAAUGACCAUCUCAGACGCCAGUUUGCCAACCAGGCCAACAUGAUUGGACCAUGGAUCCAAAAUAAGAUGGAGGAGAUUGGCCGGAUAUCAAUUGAGAUGAAUGGAACGCUGGAAGAUCAGCUGACCCACCUCCGUCAGUAUGAGCAGAGCAUCAUCGAAUACAAACCUAAAAUUGACCAACUGGAGGGAGACCAUCAGCUCAUUCAGGAAGCACUUAUAUUUGACAACAAAUACACUGCUUACACUAUGGAGCACCUUCGUGUUGGUUGGGAGCAAUUGCUUACUACAAUUGCCCGCACCAUUAAUGAGAUCGAGAACCAGAUUCUGACUCGUGAUGCUAAAGGCAUCAGCCAGGAGCAGCUUCACGAGUACCGCACGUCCUUCAAUCACUUCGACAAGGACCACAGUGGUGUCUUGCACGCCGAGGAGUUCAAGGCUUGUUUGAUCAGUCUGGGUUACGACGUAGAAAACGACAAGCAGGGUGAUGCUGAAUUUGCUCGUAUUAUGGGCAUUGUUGACCCCAACAACAGCGGCGCAGUGACCUUCCAGGCUUUCAUUGACUUCAUGUCAAGGGAAACAACUGACACAGACACCGCUGACCAGGUCAUCGCCUCAUUUAAGAUCCUGGCUGGAGACAAGAACUACAUCACAGCUGAGGAGUUGAGGCGUGAGCUUCCUCCCGACCAGGCAGAGUACUGCAUUGCCCGAAUGGCACCAUACUCUGGCCCCGACGCGGUGCCGGGUGCUCUUGACUACAUGUCCUUCUCCACCGCUCUGUAUGGGGAGAGCGACCUCUAAGGGCCAACUCCAGAACUCCGGAGCAGUUCUCUCUCCUGCAUCAGUGCUGAUCUUCUCACAGACUAGAUAGAUGAGAGCACUGGAUGGAGCCGCAUCUGUCUUUCUCUCAACCAUCCAGUCCUUAAAGAGAUCAGUGCUCCUGAGGAAGAGGAAGAUAUUUAAGAGUGUUGGAAAUGGGACUUCAUAGCACACCUGAGGGGGAGGGGGGGGAUAGAUGUUUGGGGGAAGGGGGUUACCAUGGCAUUGUUGGAAGAGCUAAUAACUGUUGAUGAAGCUUGCCAUGCAUUGAGGAAUAACCUUUUGAUUCUGUGUUAAACAUGUUGGUCUUGGAGAGCUUAAGGAAAGAUGUAGGAUAGAAGAAAAAAGAGAAGUUUAAUAUUGCAGAUUCAGUGUCAAGGGAAGAGGGUGUGUGGCUUUGGACUGUAGCCACAGCUCAGGUUCUUUAAUCUCCUUCCGUUCCUCUUAAAAUGACAUGCGUACUAUGAAAGAACUUGAUGUGUUUUUUCCAGCUUUCAAGUGAUUUCUCACCAGCAGUAACCGUUGAUGUUAAGCCAGUGGGCUUGUUAAAUUGUUAAUUAUUAAUAAAUCUACUAGGUUGUUCUGGGAUGGAACUAAAGAGAGCUUAAAGAAUCAGCUUUGGCUUCAGUCUACGCCUAGACACUUAACCUGCACCCUCUACCCUGGUGGGGAGGGCCCAAGCUUUUCCAGUUAACAUGCUAUUUUCUUUGUUUUAAUUUUGAUGUUUUCUUGCUAGAGUUGGUGGGGUGGGAGGAUUGGUUUGGGGUUGGAAUCUCUUAUUUGGCAUAUAGCGAAGCUGUAUAUCGUAGGAAAAUGGACAGAAAGACUCAAGUGUUUUGAUAGGGAAUUUGUGACAUGCCCUCUUAACCCAUUUUGCUGGAUCGGCGGAACUCUUUGAAAAUCUAACCUCAGCUUUUUCCUUCCUUUUUUUUUUUUAUUUCUCUCCUCUCCAGCAAUUUUGAGUUAGCGGGAUUCUACGCUGUACAUACUUAUUUUCCAGUACGCAGAACUGUCGGACUACCCAGGGCUUCAGGUCAUAAGCAAAGAUUAUAAAGUGAGCAGUUUCACCCCUGCGGAGUACUGUAGGCAGGUUUGAGUAGCUACUGGUCUGUUUCUUUUUUGAGGGGUUGAAGAGUGAAGCUACAAAAAUUCCCAGUCGAUUUAUGUUUUUUUUUCUAUCCCUAAUCAACCAUACAGCGUUCUCUUAUUGAUUCCCUGACUCAAGUAGAUUAACUGUAACUAAUGUCCAUCUGCCAUCCAUCUCUAAUUGUUUCUCAGAUAUUACUGAAUGUCCAUGUGAGAGCUUCAGUGCUGAUGUAAGCAGCAUAGCCUUGUAGUGAUCCUCCACUAGAGCCUAUGAAUACACAGCUGCUGAAUCAACAGUGGAAAAGAGAAUUUUAUAUAGUCAGAAAUAAGUACAAUGUGCCUGGUAGUUGCAGGUUGCUCUCUCUCCCACUCAUUUUUUCCUUUUCUUUUGUUGUACACUCGUUUUUUCUCUUUCUACAGGGAGGGGCAGGGACCCAUCGUACAGCUCUGGAGGUUGAGGGGAAGGAGUGGGAGAGCUGAAGUCUUAAUGAACAUUCCAUUAUGUCUUAAUUAAAUUUAAAUUACUGUCUAACAAAUCUAUGCAAUCAUGUAUCCAAUACCAACCAUGCUCUGUAAUGAACGGCGGGGGUGAUUUGCAAUCGAAAGUGUUGAAUUGAAGUGAGAACAAAUUAAGGGUAGAGGGAGGGAAUAGGGUUGGGCUGAUGGGCUUCAGAAAAUUUGAACAGACUUGGACCAAAAGCCUGCUCUUACGUCUGCAAAGUUGAAUAAAAGCAUUUGGAAUUCUGAUUUUUUUUCUUUUGUACUCUUUAAUAUCAAACGUUAUCUGCUGUACUGGAAAUUUGCAAAAACUGCUUUCUGUCAAGAUGAAAAGUGAAUUUCACAUGCACACAUAAAGUUUCCUUAUAAAAUAUUACCACUUUGAA